CUGUUUCCUCUUCCAUUUUCGUUUUCCCCCAAAUUCAUAAAACCUUCAACAUUGGUCUGUCGGUGAAGAAUAAAUAACCGGCCGGAAUUCUAACCUAAUCGAAAAUUCUGAUGGGGCGCAAAAUGGAGUGGGCGGGCAAAGCAAAUCACCUGCUAGGGUUACCACGGAAGACGGUGAUAAUGGCGGUCGGAACUUUCGCUAAAGCUGUUGCACUUGUUCUCAACUCCACCUCCGUUUCCAACGCCGACACUCUCCUUAACCUCGUCAGAUCUCGACCUCCCGGUGUUCCUCUCAUCACCGUCAGCAAUCACAUGUCAACGUUGGAUGAUCCGGUUAUGUGGGGAUUUAAAGGCUUUCCUACGUGUAAUGCUCACUUGCAACGAUGGGUGCUGGCUGCUGAAGAUAUAUGCUUCAAAAAUACGGUUUAUUCAUAUUUUUUCAGGCUUGGGAAAUGCAUUCCAAUUACUAGGGGCGGUGGAAUAUAUCAGGAACACAUGUCGGAAGCUCUUGAGCUGUUAAGUAAUGGUGAAUGGUUACAUACGUUUCCUCAAGGAAAAGUCUACCAAGAAGAUGAACCAAUAAGACGAUUGAAGUGGGGAACUGCUAGUCUCAUUGCUCGUGCCCCUAUAACCCCAAUAGUCUUGCCAAUUAUUCAUCAAGGUUUCGAGAAGGUGAUGCCUGAAAAAUAUAUGUUUGGCAGGCGACCUCCUGUACCGUUAUGGAAUAAGGACAUAAAGAUCAUUGUUGGUGAGCCAAUAGAAUUCGACAUUGCCAAGUUAAAACAGACAGCUAUAUCAACAUCGAGAAGUUCAUCUUCUUUCUCAAAUGAGGGCUGGCCGCCUUUUGGGCCGUUGGAUGAGGCAGCACAAAGAUGUCUCUACAUCGACAUUUCAGAACGUAUUCGAUCUGUCAUGGAGAAAAUGAGAGUUAUUAGCAAGAAGCUAAAGGUAUGAUUUAAACGAAAAAAAAUCUUUGGAGCCCAUUUUGUUGUGUUUGAUUAGAUAGAUAGAUAUUCAAUUAUACGGAAUUUGUUCCUUUUUAUAUUGAAUUUGUUCCUUUUUACUGGAGUAGAUAUUCAAUAAGCCAGCCGAGCCGAUGUGCAUGGCCCAUUUGUUCAAGUGUGAAUGCACAAUAUGAACCAUACUGGUGUAAUGAGACCUGGGUUAAAAUC